AUGGUGAAGAAGCUGGGUACAGCAGCCAGUACCAGGAUUACAGCAGCUGGGUACAACAGCCAGGACCAGAGUUACAGCAGCUGGGUACAGGAGCCAGCACCAGAGUUACAAUGGCAGGGUACAGCAGCCAGGGCCAGCGUUACAGCAACUGGGUACAGCAGCCAGGGCCAGAGAUACAGCUGCUUGGUACAGCAGCCAGGACCAGAGUUACAGCAACUGGGAACAGCAGACAGCACCAUAGUUGCAACAGCUGGGUACAGCAGCCAGGGCCAGGAUUACAGCAGCUUGGUACAGCAACCAAGGCCAGAGAUACAGCUGCUUGCCAGCACCAGAGUUACAGUAGAAGGGUGCAGCAGCCAGCACAAGAGUUACAACAGCCGGGUACAGCAGCCAGCACCAGAGUUACAGCAGCGGGACAGCAGCCAGCACCAGAGUUGCAACAGCUGGGUACAACAGCCAGGACCAGAGUUCACAGCUGGGUACAGCAGCCAGCACCAGAGUUACAACAGCUGGGUACAGCAGCCAGCACCGGAGUUACAACAGCAGCCAGCACCAGAGUUACAACAGCUGGUGCAGCAGCAGAACCAGGUUACAACAGCUGGGUACAGCAGCAACACCAGAGUUGCAGCAGCUGGGCAGCAGCCAGCACAAGUUAUAACAGCUGGGCCAGCCAGCACAAGGUUACAACAGCUGGGUCACAGCAGCCAGCACCAGAGUUACAACAUCCAGUACCAGCAGCCAGCACCAGAGUUACAACAUCCAGUACCAGAGUUACAACAGCUGGGUACAGCAGCCAGCACCAGAGUUAUAACAGCUGGGCACAGCAGCCAGCCAGAGUUACAACAGCUGGGUACAGCAGCCAGCACCAGAAUUACAACAACCAGGACUAUAGUAACAGCACGUGGGUACAUCAGCCAGCACCAGGUUACAGCAGCUGGGUACAGCAGCCAGCACCAGAGUUACAACAGCUGGUACCGCAGCCAGCAACAGAUUUACAAAGCUGGGUACAAGCCAGCACCAGAGUUACAACAGCUGGCAGCCAGCACCAGAGUUGCAGCAGCUGGGUACGCAGCCCAAGUUCAACAGCCAGGACCAGAGUUACAGCAGCUGGGUGCAGCAGCCAGCACCAAGUUACAACAGCUGGGUACAGCAGCCAACACCAGAGUUACAACAACUGGCCAGCACCAGUUGCAGCAGCUGGGUACAGCAGCCAGCACAAGUUACAACAGCCAGGACCAGAGUUACAACAGCUGGGUACAGCAGCCAGCACCAGAGUUGCAGCAGCUGGGUACAGCAGCCAGCACCAGGUUACACCAGCUGGGUACAGCAGCCAGCACCAGAGUUACACAGCCAGAAGGUUCAGAGCUGGCGACCAGAGUUGCAGGAGCUGGGUACAGCAGCAUCACAGAGCUACAGCAGCUGGGUACAGCAGCCAGCAAUAGAGAUACAACAGCCAGCACCAGAACUACAGCAGCUGGCAGCCAGUACCCGAGUUACAACAGCUGGGCACAGCAGCCAGCUCCUGAGUUACAGCAGCUGGGUACGAGCCAGCACAGGUUACAACAGCCAGCACCAGAGUUACAACAGCUGGGCACAGCCUCCAGCACCAGAGUUACAACAGCUGGGUACAGCCUCCAGCACCAGAGUUACAACAGCUGGGUACAGCAGCCAGCACCAGAUUUACAACAGCUGGGUACAAGCCAGCACCAGAGUCACAACAGCUGGGUACAGCAGCCAGGACCAGAGUUGCAGCAGCUGGGUACAGCAGCCAGCACCAGAGUUACAACAACUGGGUACAGAAGCCAGCACCAGAGUCACAACAGCUGGGUACAGCAGCCAGGACCAGAGUCACAACAGCUGGGUACAGCAGCCAGCACAAGUUACAACAACUGGGUACAAGCCAGCACCAGAGUCACAACAGCUGGGUACAGCAGCCAGGACCAAGAGUUACAACGCUGGCAGCCAGCACCAGAGUUACAGCAGCCAGGACCAGAGUUACAACAGCUGGGUACAGCACCAAGCACCAGAGUUGCAGCAGCUGGGUACAGCAGCCAGCACCAGAGUUACAACAGCUGGGUACAGAAGCCAGCACCAGAGUCACAACAGCUGGGUACAGCAGCCAGGACCAGAGUUGUGGCUGGGUACAGCAGCCAGCACCAGAGUUACAACAGCCAGGACCAGAGUUACAACAGCUGGAUACAGCAGCCAGCACCAGUGUUACAGCAGCUGGGUACAUCAGCCAGCAUCAGAGUUACAGCAGCCAGGACCAGAGUUACAACAGCUGGGUACAGCACCCAGCACCAGAGUUGCAGCAGCUGGGUACAGCAGCCAGCACCAGAGUUACAACAGCUGGACAGCAGCCGCACCAAUUACAACAGCCGGACCAGUGUUACAGCAGCUGGGUACGCAGCAGCACCAGAGUUGCAGCAGCCAGGACCAGAGUUACAACAGCUGGGUACAGCAGCCAGCACCAGAGUUGCAGCAGCGGGUACAGCAGCCAGCACCAGACAGCCAGCACCAGAGUUACAACAGCUGGGUUCAGCAGCCAGCACCAGAGUUGCAGCAGCCGGGUACAGCAGCCAGGACCAGAGUUACAACAGCUGGGUACAGCAGCCAGCACCAGAGUUACAACAGCCAGGACCAGUGUUACAGCAGCUGGGUACAGCAGGCAGCACCCAGAGUUGCAGCAGCUGGGUCAGAGCACCAGAAUGGGGUCCAGAGUUACAGCAGCUGGUCAGCAGCCAGCACAAGUUACAACAGCUGGGUACUGCAGCCAGCACCUACAGCCAGGUCAGGUUCAGCAGCUGGCUGCAGCCAGGACCAAGUUAUAACAGCUGGGUACACCAGCACCAGAGUUCAGCAGCUGGGUACAGCAGCCAGCACCAGGAUUACAACAGCCAGCACCAGAGUUACAGCAGCUGGGUACAGCAGCCAGGACCAGAGUUACAACAGCUGGUACAGCAGCCAACCAGAGUUACAACAGCCAGGGCCAGUGUUACAGCAGCUGGGUACAGCAGCCAGCACCAUUGCCAGCACCGGUUACAGCAGCUGGGUACGAGCCAGGACCAGAGUUACAGCAGAUGGGUACAGCAGCCAGCACCAGAGUUACAACAGCCAGCACCAGAGUUACAGCAGCUGGUACAGCAGCCAGGACCAAGUUACAACAGCUGGGUACAGCAGCCGCCACAACAGCCAGGUCCAGAGUUACAGCAGCUGGGUGCAGCAGCCAGGACCAGAGUUACAACAGCUGGGUACAGCAGCCAGCACCAGAGUUACAACAGCUGGGUACAGCAGCCAGCCAAGUUACACAGCUGGGUACAGCAGCCAGCACCAGAGUUACAACAGCCAGGACUGUUGUUAGCUGGCAGCUGGGUACAGCAGCCAGCACCAGGAUUACAGCAGCUGGGUACAGCAGCCAGCACCAGAGUUACAACAGCCAGCACCAGAGUUACAGCAGCUGGGUACAGCCGGACCAAGUUACAACAGCUGGGUACAGCAGCCAGCACAAGUUACAACAGCAGGACCAGUGUUGCAGCAGCUGGUACAGCAGCCAGCACCAGGUACAGCAGCUGGGUACAGCAGCCAGCACCAGAGUUACAACAGCCAGCACCAGAGUUACAGCAGCUGGGUACAACAGCCAACACCAGAGUUACAACAGCUGGGUACAGCCAACCAGCACCAGAGUUACAACAGCCAGCACCAGAGUUCCAGCAGCUGUGA